UCGCCCCAGCACGACACGCCGCCAUUGCAGUUGCAGUUUGAGUUUGCCAAAAACAGAUCGGCAAAGCGGGCAUGUCUGAUGAUGAAAGAAGAAAUCGCGGACAGAAUGUUGCACCUACUACAGGAUCAGGUACGGUCGCCGCGCCGCCUCCGUCGCAACCUGGAACUUCAACAAGUGGUCAUGGAAGCUCUGCGACCGGCGGCUACCACGUGGAAAAGCUGAAUGGCCACCAGAACUUUAAUUCUUGGAAAUUUGUUAUGAGGAAUAUCCUCAUAAUCGACGGCCUAUGGAAAUGUGUCCUGGGAGAGGAUCUUGACCCCACGCGCGACGAACGUGCGCUCGCGCGCAUAUGUUUAUCAGUAGCGUCCACCUGCCACCAGUAUGUGCAAAAUGCUAAAACUAGUAAAGAAGCUUGGACCAACCUAGUUAAAGUAUUCGAAGACUCCGGUUUAGCAAGAAAAGUUCUUUUACUAAGAAAGUUACAUAGAAUAGAACUAAGUACAUUUAGCACAAUGACUGAAUAUAUACAGGAGACGAUGGCAUUGGUACAGCAGCUUGCUGAUAUAAAUAAAGUCAUAGAAGACGGUGAGGUCGCUGAAAUUUUACUCUCUGGACUGCCUAAAGACUACGAAACACUAGUGACUAACCUGGAAACGGUGAGCAUGACAUCAACACUUAGCAGCGAAAUAGUGAGGACCAGACUUUUACAGGAAGAGGCUAGAAGAGCCGAUGCAAGUCCCAGUAAUGGAACGGCCUUCAUGUCCAAACCUUCAUCUGUUCCAAACUUAAGACGCUGUACAUAUUGUGGCAAAAAUGGACAUUUAAAAAAAUCCUGCUUUAAACUCAAGAGGAAGAAGAAAGAAGAUCAGGCAGCCUCCAAGGGCCUGCUUGCCUCCGCCUUCGCAGCCUCCAGCAGUGAUUUUCUUAUAGACUCUGGCUGCAGUCAGACUAUGGUUCAGUGCAGCGAGUUAUUUCAAUCCAUAAAGCCAACCAAUAGUGAGGUCAUUAUUGCCAACAACUCUAAACUGAAAUGUAUUGGAUCAGGAGAAGUCGAGCUACAGUUUAACAACAAUGACAAUGCUUUAAAAUUAAAUAAUGUACUGUUGGUUCCGGAUCUCUCUGCCAAUUUGCUUUCGGAUACGGGUCUGCAGGAGUUGAAGGACUGUGCUACUUGCCUUAAGGGAAAGAUGGCAAGCCAGCCAUACCCUUCAGCCUCCACACACCGUGCCAGUCAAGCACUGCAGCUCAUUCAUUCUGAUGUCAUGGGACCCCUGCCAGUAGAGAGUUGGGGCGGCUCGCGCUAUGUCGUCACAUUCACUGACGACCACACGAGGAUGACCCAUGCCUACACUUUGAAGAAGAAAAAUGAGGUACUUGCAACAUUUAUUAAUUAUAAAAAUCUUGUUGAAAAACAAUAUGGUCUGCCAAUAAGAACCUUGCGUUCAGAUGGAGGUGGGGAAUACUGCAGCCAUGCUUUUACUGAUUAUCUCACUAAACAUGGAAUUGUUCACCAGACUACUGUUCCGUAUUCACCUUCCCAGAACGGAGUCUCUGAACGCCUAAAUCGCAUUUUAUUGGAUAAAGUUAGAUGCAUGCUUUUUGAAUCCGGUUUAGACAACCGUUUUUGGGCUGAGGCACUGAUGACUGCGGUCUACCUAAAAAAUAGGUCGCCUACAUCAGCACUCUCUGGCCAUACACCAUUAGAGAAGCUGACUGGAUUGAAGCCUAAUCUCAGUCAUUUGCAUACUUUUGGAGAUGACGAGCACUACUGCACCGGGAGUGAACACGAUGGCUCCGUGUCGUCACCUGACGAGGAGUCGCCGCGGCGGCGUGUGACGUCAUCCGACGCCGAGACGCCGCCGCAACGCGUUACGCCACCGUCGAGGGGGGUGACACAUUCAGGGGAAGAGGAAAUCUCUGUUCCCGUGUCGCCAGUGUCUUCACGCCGUCCCCAAUAG